AAGCUACAUCCUCUUCUCCAGGAUUUUCUCAAAACCGAGUACAACCCCAAUGGUAUCGAUAUCUCCCUCGAAUUCCGGCCCAAUAGCCGAGGAAGUAUCAUCCCCUGCCGCUAAAAAGAUCAAACUCUCCGACGCUAGAGACGGUCUUGCUGGCGUCACCGACAUCAAACCAGAGUAGUUACUUACCUUCCACCCCUCCUCCAAAUCACUGAGUAAAAUAAUACCAACAAUAACAUUCUCCCCGCGUGCAGGUACCUCCUUCCUAAAACUCAGAAAUCCGUCUCUACAUCCGCAGAUGACGACGCAGCCGAGGCGGGGAAUGGUCCCGGAGGGAAAAAACGUAAGCGUGAGCGUGGACAGAAUAAAUCGAGGAAAUUCCAUUUUGCGAACGAUGAAGUUAAGCUGUGUAACAGCCUUGUUAUGGUUCCGCGGGAGAGUCUGUUUGAAGGGACUGUCUGCGAAUUCGCGUUGAAUGCUGGGCUGAAAGGUCGGAAGACGAGUCGGCGGGGAAAGAAUGGGAAUUGGGGGAAGAAGAAGGGGGAAGAAGAAGCCGAGGUGGGGAGGGGGACAGAGGAGGAUGAAAUUGCGGAGGGGAAGGAAGAGGAGGAUGAAAUUGCGGAGGGGAAGGAAGAGGAGGAAUCGGUGCAGCCGGAUGGGUUGUCGAAAAAGUGCGCCUUCUCACAUGAUCUACGGGACUAUUUGAAGAGCAAGAGGGAUGAUUUCAAAGGUAUUUGUCCGGUUUGGGAACUGAGGGGAUAUUGUGGAAGUGGAUGGAGAUGUAGAUGGAUUGGGUCGCAUUCUCAGGAAGAUGAGAAUGGUGAAUUAUAUAUGGUUGUUGACGAGGCAAAGAAGAAGGCGUAUGGGGAGAAGGCUGCAGGGGAUCGGAAGACAAAGCUUGCCAAUUCAAAGGUUAUUAUGGGGUCCGGAGAUGAUAGACCGCAGCAGUGGGAGCAGGAGGUCACUGUCGGGAGUUUUGAUGACCCAUAUGGAGAGAUUGUUAAUUCUGUCCCGAUGAGCCUGAAGAUCCGGCUGAGGAAGAAUCAAUUUCCGGCCAAGAAGAGCGAGGUUUAUACUGAGUGGGAAUCGAAGGAGAAGACCGCGCGGGACGGUUUGGGCACCGAGGACAAGGGCGAUACUAGAGCUUCUUUUGUGAAUGCACCUGUGAAUGCAGCAGAGAAGAGGAGAAUAUACAUUGGAAAGGAAACACCGUUGUUGGCUCCUUUAACGUAGGUCAGGUCCUUGCUUGAGUACGAUUACGAUUAACGUCGGUGUGUUUCUAGAACAACGGGAAAUCUCCCCUUCCGCCGCCUAUGCUCUAAUCUCGGUGCUGCCCUCACCUACUCUGAAAUGGCCAUGUCCGUUCCCCUCCUCCAAGGCCACAAGCCAGAGUGGGCUUUAUUAAGGGCCCAUGUCUCUGAAAUUCCGAAUUUUGGUGCUCAGAUAUGUGGCACUAAAAUUGGAACGGCGGUUCGAGCGACAGAAGUCCUGACAACUUUGUUCCCAUCGGCUGCCUCCUCUCGUCAUGGGCUGUCUCUUGUUGACUUGAACUGCGGAUGCCCAAUUGACCUCGUAUGCCGUCAAGGUGGAGGUAGCGCACUUCUAGACCAACCAUCCAAGUUAAUUAAGAUGCUCAAGGGAAUGAAUUAUGUCUCUGGAGAAACACCAAUAACGUGCAAGAUUAGGUUAGGAACUCGAGAUUCCUCUCCCGUUGCCAAGAAGCUUGCCCAGAGGAUCUACGAUGCUGGGGAUGUUCAGGCGAUUACUCUUCAUGGCAGAAGUCGCCAGCAACGAUACUCCCGGGAUGCCGACUGGGCCUAUAUUGCCGAGACUGCGGCGUUGAUCAAAGAUCUUAAGCAGAAGUCUGACGCAACUGCCGACACGGCGAUUGAUAAGGAAGCUAGAGAUAAACCGAAUGUCUUCUUUGUGGGGAAUGGCGAUUGCUACUCUCAUGUGGACUACUACAACUCCAUAGAUCAAGGCAACGUCGAUGGAGUAAUGCUCGCAAGAGGAGCUUUAAUAAAACCCUGGCUCUUCGAGGAGAUCCAAAAGGGCCAGUAUUUGGAUAAGUCUGCCACCGAGCGUCUAGACUACGUUCGUGAAUACGUUCGGUACGGUCUUGAAUGCUGGGGCAGCGACGAACUCGGUGUUGCUACCACCCGUAGAUUCCUCCUUGAAUGGCUCAGCUUUGGGUGCAGAUAUGUGCCCACUGGGAUCCUCGAGAGAUUGCCUCCUCGGAUUCAGGACAGACCUCCUCCAUGGAAGGGAAGGAAUGAAUUGGAGUGCUUGCUUGGCAGCUCGGAUUAUAGGGACUGGAUUAAGAUCUCAGAAAUGUUUCUAGGGCCCUGCCCGAGCGACUUUCACUUCACGCCGAAGCAUAAGGUUUGCAGGGCACUGUUAACCUUGGUUGGGGACGAAAGGCUAACGGGUGGAUUAGAGUAA